GUGGAAUCGUCAAGGUCUUUCUUUUUCUUUUAUUUUCUUUCUUCCUUUCUUUUUUUCUUUUUUCUUUUUUUUGAAACCAUUCUUGAGGGCUUUGUGUUGUAAAAUACUUCAAAAGUUGUCACGGGUUGUUGGUGGAGUUGACGCUACUAUCCCAAGUGAUCUCUGCGCGGCCAUAGCGAUGACGCGAGGCAAUAAUUGACUCUUUACUGAUGUGUUUCUGGAUUUCUAGAAGACCUUCCGGAUUUCAUAUGGUUAUACUUCUGUUCUGACGCCAUGCGGUGUCAGCAAGGAAAGAGCUGGAGUUGUGGAUUCCGCGCACCUUCCCAGAGUGCAUGUCAGGCUCCCACUCAGCAUCAUUCUCAACUCUUCUUUGGAUAGAGAAUGAACUGGGACUUAUUCAAGCAAAACUCUGACAUUCGACGCUAUGGAGAUGCCCCUUGAGCACAAGCUCCUGAAGGACCAUCGUCUCGGCAUCAUUGUUAUCGGCAGUGCUCUCAGCACGGGUCUGCUUGUCGGAUCCGGAUUUGGUCUGGUACGAAGUGGUCCGGCUGGCAUUCUUUUGAACUACAGUAUCAUUGGCCUCGUUGCUUUCCUAGUCCUCUCGGCUUUGGGGGAGAUGAGUUCGUUUGCGCCUAUGCCCACCGGAGCCGGAGGCUAUGCAUCACGCUUUGUGGAUCAUGCUCUAGGUUUCGCCACGGGGUACUGUAAUGCGCUCAAGUAUCUGCUGUCGACUCCGAAUCAUCUCGUUGCGGCGUCAUUGAUUACGAAGUUCUGGGUGGGAGAUACCAUCCAUCCGUCGGCCAUUGUCACUGUUGCCUUGAUAGUAGUCCUGAUCAUCAAUUUGAUCACUCUCAAGGCAUUUGGGGAAUUUCAAUUCUGGCUCGCUCUGUUGAAGAUGACUCUUUUGUGCGGCACAAUUAUAUUGAUGCUCAUUGUCGCUCUAGGAGGCGGCCCCAAUCGUGACAGACUUGGUUUUAGGUACUGGAAAAACCCCGGUGCUUUUGCAGGUUUUGAUGUCGCAGGACCCAGGGGGAGGUUCUACCGGGCUUGGAGUACCAUGGUACAUGCUGCCUAUGCAUUUGGCGGGACAGAAUUAGUAGGAGUGCCUAUCACUGAAAGAAGGAAUCCACGUACCGCGAUGGCCGGGGCGGUUCGUCUAACCUUCCUCCGGAUUUUCUCCAUCUUCAUCCUGUCGAUCUUUCUCCUCGGGAUGGUCGUUCCACACGAUACUCCCAAGUUGGCUUUUGCGUCAAGCGCCCACACUACUGCAGCUGCCUCCCCUUUUGUGGCAGCGGUUGAACUGGCAAAUAUCAAGGGCUUGGAUCAUGUAAUCAACGCACUGAUGCUCAUCUUCAUCACAGCGACUUCUACCACCGACUUCUUUCUGGCCACACGUACGAUCUAUGGUAUUGCGCUGGAUGGGAAGGCUCCUGCGAUUCUAGCCAGGACGAACAGCCGCGGGACACCAGUUCUGGCAGCAGUCAUUCCCUUUGUCUUUUCCCUGCUGGCAUACAUGAGUAUCAGCGCCAACACGAAGACUCUUUUCAGUUAUCUGAUGGAAAUGAUCGUGGGUUUCAGUGUCCUCACCUGGAUCUCUAUCCUAACCACGCACAUUGCCUUCUGCAAGGCUGUUAAGACCCAGAAGAUUCCGUCCAAUCGCUUCCCCUACCGUACGCCACUUCGAGAGUGGGGAUCAAUGAUCGCUUUGGUCUUCCUGUGCAUCUUCAACCUGAGUAAAGGCUCCGAGAUGCUCAGUGGAAAGAAAUUCAAUUACCGAGUUUUCAUUGUUCAGUACAUCGGCAUCCCUUUCUACCUCCUGUGUAUCUUCGGUUACAAGAUUCACCGGGGGACUCGUCGCGUCAGAUCCAUGGAGGCGGAUUUGGCCACUGGUGUUUCUCCAGUCCCUUUCGAGGAGGAAAAGUCCCGGAAGAAGGAGGAAGACAAGAUUAAAAUGGCUAGUGCGACUGGUCUUAAACGCGUUUAUCGGUGGUUUCUGUCGUGGUUUUUCUAGUAUUUGACGCGAUCGGGGAGCCGAUUUUCUGUUUGUAGGCAUCAUAAAAUUGUGGAAAGUGAAUAAUUAAUCGCCAAGAAGGAU